GAUGGUCCUGCCUAACCCGAUUUCCAUAGCACAAGAAUGACAGUUGAGAAGCCUUAAAAAACUCAAAUUGAUAAGAACUUGAACAAAAAGAAAAUUCUAUAUCAUGUCCUACAAGAUUUAAAGCUAUCCAGUUGUAGUACAGAGCACUGAAUCUGGGAAAGGAGGAACAAUAUCCAUAUAUCAGUAGUUUUUUCCUUGUGGGUUUGUGUAGAACACUUGAAAAUGUCCAACAAUGGAGAUGGUCUUAGCCAGCGUUUGAUUGAAAAGAGGAGGAAGGAAGAUGAAUUGGCUAAAAGAGCUGAAGAGGAGUCAUCCUUCAUUGAAUCUCUUCUGUCUCAGGAGAGCAUUUCAUGGCCUGGAGUUUUGAAGGCCUCCAUUUUUGAGUCCAAAAAGCUCUGGAUUCUUUCUGGACCUUCUAUUAUUGUCAGUGUUUUCAAUUACAUGCUCAGUGCUAUUUCCCAGAUGUUUGCUGGUCACUUGGGAGAGCUUGAAUUGGCUGGGGCAUCCAUUGCUAGUACUGGAAUUCAAGGAUUGGCUUAUGGAAUCAUGCUGGGAAUGGCAAGUGCAGUGCAGACAGUGUGUGGGCAAGCUUAUGGUGCCAAACAGUACCAUAUGCUAGGAGUCAUUUGCCAAAGGUCCAUGAUCAUAAUGACUGCAACAGCAGUUGUGCUAGCCUUCAUCUAUAUAUUUGCAGAUGAUAUUCUGGUGGGAAUUGGGCAGAGCAAGGAUAUAGCUGCUGCAGGUGGGGUUUUUGCAAGAGGGUUAGUGCCCCAGUUAUUUGCCUUUGCCAUAAACUGUCCAAUGCAGAGAUUUCUGCAAGCUCAGAACAUAGUGGCACCACUGGCAUAUAUAGCAGUGGGCACUUUUCUGCUCCAUGUUUUGCUCUCAUGGCUGGCAGUUGACAAACUGGGUUUUGGCCUUCUGGGGGCAGCCUUAACACUGAGUUUAUCAUGGUGGAUUCUGGUCAUACUUACUGCUGCCUACAUAUUCUACUCCCCUACAUGCAAAAACACAUGGAUUGGUUUCAGUAUGAAGGCUUUUACAGGGCUCUGGUCUUACUUCAAGCUAACUGUAGCUUCAGCUUUCAUGCUAACGCUGGAGAUAUGGUACAACCAAGGGCUUGUGCUUCUGUCAGGAUGGCUUCCAAAUGCUGAGAUUGCACUUGAUUCCAUUUCUGUGUGUAUGAACUACUGGACGUGGGACAUGAUGUUUAUGUUAGGGCUCAGUACUGCUGCAAGUAUAAGGGUGGGUAAUGAGCUUGGAGCAAGGAGACCCAAAACUGCAAGGUUUUCAGUUAUAAUUGUAGUUACUACAUGUAUCAUAAUCAGUGCCAUUCUCUCGUUACUAGUUAUGUUGUUGAGGAAGGAUUUGGGUCUACCAUACACAAGUAGUGCUACUGUUUUGAAAGCUGUCAUUGCUUUGGCACCAUUGCUUGCAAUAUCAGUUUUCCUUAAUGGCGUUCAACCAAUUUUAUCAGGUGUGGCUAUAGGAUGUGGAUGGCAAGCUCUUGUGGCAUAUGUGAAUUUGGGAGCAUACUAUGUUAUAGGUUUACCUAUUGGUAUAGUACUAGGAUUUACGUUGGGUAUGGGAGUAGAGGGAAUAUGGUGGGGAAUGACAGUAGGAGUGGGACUUCAAACAAUAAUCCUUAUUAUACUUACAGUACGGACUAAUUGGAAUAAAGAGGUGGAAUCAGCUGAACGACGUGUUGAAGAUUCACAAUAUGAGUCACUUGUUACAAAUGAGACAGUUUAAUCUUAACGACCCUUUAAAAGACAAUGAGCUAUUUUUAAAAGUCCAGUCCUUUUAGAAAGGAAGGACAACAUAAGAUUUUGAAAUAACAUUGAGCAUGAAAUGUUUCUUGAAAAUUAUUCAAUAUAUUAAAGUCCGUUCAUCCCUGA